CACACGUCUGUCGCAGCACAGAACUUAUGUGCUUUUGGCAAGAUCAACACAUUCUUCCAGACUGGACAACUGCCCGGCACAGAUAACUAUUGCCCUUUGGAAGCUGGGCCAUGGAAUAUCACGUUGCCUGGACCGCUGAGUUCGUUUAAUGACAAGCGAGAUAUCAAGGAGAGCCUUGUAAAGUUGAAAGCUUAG